UCGUUUUUUUCUGUCACAUCACAGGUGUAAACAAUUUAUUGAACAUCUAUUUACAUUUUAAACUAAUAAUGAAUAAAUUAUUAUUCUAUAACACCAAAUAGUUUUCUCAAAAAGUUCCUAAAAUAUUAUAUUACCAUAAAACAAGAUUUUAGAUUGCGACCACUACAAACCACACACAAUACUAUGACUGACGCUGAUCAUUCAGAUGCAGAAGAAGAGAUUCUGGUGUAUGUAGAAUUUGAAGACAGCGUAGAUAUAAAACAGUGUAGAUCUAUUAAUGUGUUAGGCAUAAAUGAAAAGUCUCCUAUUGUUCAGAUGGAUGACACCUUUUUUAAAGGUGAGUAUGAAGUCCCCCUUGGAACAUACAUGUUUUUUGAAGAUGAUCAAGCCCCGGAGAGUAAAGAUCCUCUUUUUGACAAAGUUCCUGAAAAAAAUCUGAAAUAUGUGUGCAAAACAAGGAAAUAUGUUAAAAUGGAGCAUGCUUAUGUUACAGAAAAGGGAGGACCUAGUGCUAAAAACGAAUUUGAACAAUCAGCAAUACCAGUACCAAAGGUGGAGUUUAAAAAUCUUCAUGAAGCAAUUGAUAGCUUUAAAACUAUAAGGUGUCAAGAACCAAAAAUUAAUCCUGUAGAUUCAGAUCAAAUCUCCAGUAAGCCGUCACUUCAUUAUUCUUCAUGAAAAUGCCGCGGUCAUCACGUGGAACUAAAUUACAAUCAACAGAAGAUGUCUUUCAAGCACUUAAUCGAAGAUACAUUAGAUUAAAUAAAAAGGAAACAUGCAAUAAUAACAAAAUCCUUUAUUCUGUACUUGAAAGAAUAUUGAAAUUAAUGAAGGAUUCUGAUGAACUAUUUAAAAGUAUGAAACCAAGGCUUGAAUAUAUGGGAAGCUAUUUUGAUGGUCUUCGUGUGGGUCAUCCAACAGAAUUUGACAUCAAUUUGGUAUUGAGAAUACCUGUUAAUUACGACACAAUCAAACUUAAUUGUAACGACACGCAAUAUGACCACACAUACAUUAUAAUGCCAUCAGAAUUUCGGAGAUUAUACAAAAAUCCUGUAACAGCUAAUAAAGGCUUUUUAAAGACGGCAAUGUGGUGCGAUCCCUUACAUCGCUUGUCAGUGGGCAAGUUUCGAUCCUGGGUGCAAAGUGUUGUAGAUGCCGCAUUAUACAAGCUACCCAUUGAAAACGGAAAGAGAAUCCUAACGAUUGAUAAUAUUUCUUAUGGUUUAAUAUCAAAAUUAUCAGGUCCCGCAAACAACAUAACCAUAUAUCUCCAAAAUAAUAUGAUAGAUAUUGAUUUGGUGCCAUCUCUAGCAUUUGAGCUGCCUAAAAAGCCAGUCAUGUGUAAAGUGGAUUUUAGUAAGAAAGAGUUUAUUAAAAUUAAACAAUACUUUGUUGUGCCUAAACCAACUGAUAAUGACUUGAAUUGGAGACUCAGUUUUCCUUUUCAAGAGAGGCUUGUGCUACAAAACCAAAAUAACUUAAAAUGUGUCGUCAAGCUUUUAAAACAGUUGCGAGACGUGCAAGGCUUCACUUCAUUGGCUAGUUAUUACAUAAAAACUUUAUUUUUAUGGGAGGUCUCCGUAACAGAUGCAUCAUUUUGGAAAAGUAAUUCCUUAACUUUUUUGGUUAUUCAUAUGUUAGUGAAAUUUACGAGACGCAUUAGCUCAGCAUAGAAUAAAUAAUUUUUGGUGCCCUGAUCAUAAUCUUCUUUGUAAAAUCAAACCUCAAACAUGUGAAAACUGGUCUAACAGACUUUCACAUAUCAUUAGUAAUAUUCAACAACAAACAAAAAAUGGGAAUCCAAUUGUUAUAAUGAAGUACUUCAGAAAAAAUAAAACUAUAUGAAUAAGAUGUUAUUAUUUAUUAUUCUGUUUAUUGGUUUCAAUGGUGCGAAUUUGAAGCACAUUAAUUUCGCCAAUGUCGAGUGUUUAAAAAAAUGGACAGAUUGAUGUUAUUAGGAGGUCCUAACUUUUAAAUGAAAAAUGUAAAUAAUAUUUUCGUUUACUAAAUUGUUUUCAAAUACUUUCAUAUUACAGUGUAAAGAAAGGUAUGAAUAUGUUAGCGAUCUUAAGUGUAUGUAAAUAAAUAAAUAAGAAGUUA